AUGUCGAACAUAUACCAAGAUUCGAAGGCUGCUCGCAAUGAACACCUUGAGGAGAAGGGUACCACCCACACUGAGCAAGUGGACAUGCAACAAAACCUUGAAGCUAGAAUCCGCAAUCCAUUGCAGGGCAUUCCUCGAUCUCAGCUGAUGCAGGAUGUGGAGGAUUUUGCGCAAAGAAAAGGCCUACAAGAGCACGUUGCGCUUUUGAAAAAAGGUGCAUUGGUUGCCCAGGAUGCUGCCAACGUUCACAAUAUCGAUGGUCCUGAGAAGCUCUCUUCCGAAGAGCUCGAGAUCCUCGGUGAUGAAGUCACUCACAAGUGGCGUAUGCCCAUGAGACUCUUCCUAACCAUCUUCACUUGCUCCAUUGGUGCUGCUGUCCAGGGAUGGGAUCAGACAGGUAGUAAUGGCGCAACCAUUUUCUUUCCCAAGUACUACGGCAUUGGGGGGACCAGUGAUCGAGACACAAUCAUCGUGGGCUUGAUUAAUGCCGGCCCAUAUAUUGGCUCUGCCCUCAUUGGCUGCUGGUUGUCUGACCCAUUGAACAACUGGUUUGGACGAAGAGGCACUAUUUUCUUCUCCGCCAACUUCUGUAUCUGGCCCGUCAUUGGAUCUGCUCUGUGCCAUACAUGGGAGCAACAGCUAGCGUGCCGUAUUCUCAUGGGAAUUGGAAUGGGCGCAAAAGCAUCCACGGUUCCCAUCUACGCCGCCGAAAAUUCUCCCGCUUCCAUUAGAGGUGCUUUGGUCAUGUCUUGGCAAAUGUGGACCGCUUUUGGCAUCAUGUUGGGAACCGCUGUCAACCUGGCCGUCUACAAGGUCGCAGGUCCUUUGAACUGGCGUCUCAUGCUCGGUGCUCCCUUUCUUCCCGCCGUGCCUCUUAUGGCCCUGAUUUAUCUUUGCCCAGAAUCUCCCAGGUGGUACAUGAAGAAGGGUCGAUUUCAGGAAGCCUGGGAGUCCAUGUCCAAGCUCCGCCGAAACCCUAUUCAGGUCGCUCGUGAUAUCUACUAUAUCAGCGCCCAGCUCGAGAUUGAGAAGGAGGUCAUCGGCAACACCACCUAUGUCACUCGUUUCACCCAGCUUUUUACCGUCCCUCGUGUCCGCAGGGCCAACUUGGCCGCAUUUACCGUCAUGAUUGCUCAACAAAUGUGUGGAAUCAACAUCGUCGCCUUUUAUUCCACCUCUAUUUUUGAGCAGGCCUUCCACAACGACCCUAACCCGCAGUUCAAGGCCAUGAUUGGAUCUUUUGGCUUCGGUUUGGUCAACUGGCUAUUUGCUUUCCCUGCCUUUUUUACCAUUGAUACAUUCGGUCGCCGCAGUUUGCUUCUCUUUACAUUCCCCCAAAUGUUCUGGACUCUCCUAGCUGCUGGUCUUUGCACCCUUAUUGACGCUGAAGGAUCCAUGGCGGAAGCUCGCACUGGACUGGUGUGCUUGUUCGUCUUCCUAUUCGGCGCUUUCUACUCCCCCGGUGAAGGUCCUGUUCCAUUCACAUACAGUGCUGAAGUUUACCCUCUGUCUCAUCGUGAGACCGGUAUGGGUUUUGCCGUUGCCACCUGCCUUUUCUGGGCCUCUGUAUUAGGAAUCACGUUUCCCUUUAUUCUCAACCGCCUUCAGACGAUUGGUGCAUUCUCGUUGUACGCAGGUUUCAACGUGCUUGCAUUUAUCAUGAUUUUCUUCUGGGUGCCUGAGACCAUGCAACGUACGCUCGAGGAGCUGGACUGGGUGUUUGCCGUUCCCACUGGCAAAUUCGCCAAGUACCAGCUUACCGUCGCCUUGCCCUGGUGGUUCAAGAGAUAUAUCCUCUUCCGGCGCAAUGCCACCAAGGAGCCCCUGUAUCAUUUUGAGAAGGUUGCCACGACUGCUGGAAAGGAUUCGUUUGCUAAUCAGGCCAUGGUACCUAGCUCUGACGAUGAGCGCCACCAUUGA